AUGGAUGGAACAAACCAAACAACAGUGACAGAGUUCAUUUUUCUUGGGUUUUCUGCUGUUCUUUAUCUGCGGCUCACCCUGUUUGUGGUGUUUCUCACUGUAUACGUCCUCUCCCUCAUGGGAAACUCGCUCAUUAUUUUCAUUGUUCUCACGGAUAUCACACUACAAACACCCAUUCUCCAGGUGUGCCUGCGGUUUUCAGCUGGAUCCUGGAUUGGGGGCUUCAUCGCCCCUCUGCUACCUACCAUACUCAUCUCGCGUCUAAACUUUUGUGGCCCUCAGAAGAUCAACCAUUUCUUUUGUGACUCAGACCCCAUUUUUAAACUGUCAUGCUCAGAUACAUUUUUGGUGGAGACCUUGGGCUAUACAUGUACCUCUGUUGUGAUUCUAAGUUCUUUCCUUCUCACUAUAUCUUCCUAUGGAUAUAUUGUGGUCACAAUAAUCAAACUGUCUUCCCAAAAAGCUCAGAAAAAAACUUUCUCCACCUGUGCUUCCCACCUCACUGUGGUAUCUAUCUAUUACGGCACCAUUAUCUUUGCUUAUGUUCGCCCUCCAGCCCAGCACAACUUAACUAUUGGUAAAGUAAUCUCAGUCUUCUACUGCGUGGUCACUCCAUUGGUAAAUCCUCUCAUAUACACCCUGAGAAACAAAGAUGUGAAGAUAGCUUUCAGAAAAGUUCUAGCAAGAAAAACAUUGCUUUUGACCAGAAAGUUACAGAACAUUUGA